AUGAGCAGAACUAGCAAGAUAGUGUUGGCUGCGUCAUGUUUGGUUUCUGCAGCAACCAUUAUGGGUGUGCAUAUUGUUCAAGAAAUGGAGAGGGACGUACUCCGUCAAGGCCCUAUUAAAGAUGCGAAGAGAGUAGCAGAAAAGAAAUCCGCCAGAGAAAGAGCCGCUGCAGGCGAAGUUUCAGCAGCUGAAGCAGAAAAAGAGCGCAAGCGUCUUUUUAACGCAGCUGAACAUCAAAUGCAACUGGAACUAAGAAAGAAAUAUGACCAGCUUCAACCCCUGUCCGGUGAAAUCGUGACAAAAGAUGGAGAAGUGGUGGACCGUGUACAUAAAUGA